AUGGCCCUUGGCGUGAUUGAUGUGACACUACGGAAACUUUUAUCAUUUUUCAGAUGCGAUCUUGUCCCUGUGUUCGGCUUUGGACAGAACAAUCUUUAUCAUCAUUUUAUUGGCGGCAGUAGUUGCACCCGAUAUUCACGACCUCAGCUUUGGUUUAGAAAUUUCACUUCUUGCCUCGGAACUUGCUUUCUUCCGGGACGAUCUCCAAUCAACGUUGUAGUGGGAUCGCCCAUUUCUGUAUCCAAGAUUGAGUGUCCAACGCAGGAGGAUAUCGACAAACUUCACGCACGGUACAUAGACGAACUGAAAGGAUUGUACGAGAAAUAUAAGGACAAAUAUCACCCAUCAGAGAGAUCAGAGUUGUUGAUCGUCUAAUUUAUAUUAAACGAAGUUGGUUGAAGUUUUUUCGGUUUUACCCUCAACAAAAUGUACCAAAUUACAGUCGUUUUGAUUGGUCCCUCUUUCAGGAAAACUCACCCGCAAACUCGGAAAU